CUUGUGGUUGAGGACUCUGUCAAGUAUCUAAGAAGCAACAAUUGGAUACAUUCAACACACAUACACUCACUCAGAAUGGAUCUGUUCGACAUGGUGCGCGCUGCACCACCACCACCCGCAGAAGGUGAGAAGAAUGAAGCUGAGGUGGACUCGGAUGCUAGCCCUAAAGUAAAAGCCUUCUCGCCAUCGUCGUCGCCAAUGCCAAUGACGCCAUUAUUCAAUUUAGAAGAUUCGGACACUGAGACGAUCCCACGUUCGCCGCUGGUAGAAGACGCCACAACGCCACCACCACUUAUCAUAUCUCUCGACAUAGACGACGAAAACACUGAAGACGGUGGGAGCAGAGCGAAAAAUAAAACCAAAUUACAGGCAUCUAAACGUACAUCACUCAAGAAGACCUAUAAAGACUCUGACGAAGACUCCGACAAAACCGACGACUUUGACUCCGACGACUCCGAAGACGAAGUCAAGAAGAAGAACAAUGUGAAAGGCAUCGACAGUGACAAUUACAGUGACAGUAGCAGUGGCAUCAGUGACGACGAGGAGGAUGAAAAGAAGAAGAAGAAGAAUCUGAAGCAAAAGAAUCAGAAGCAGAAGGAGGAGGACGAGGAAGAAGAAGAGGAUCAGGAAGAUCUACUGCAAAUACAGCCGCGCAAAACAAAGGGUGAGCAAAAAAUGUUUACAGAUGCUACAGCGGCCUCAAAGAAGCAGACAGGCAAAAAAGCCAGCACUACUGGCGUCAGACGUUGCAUGGUGCGCAUUAAGCGCUUGACACAGUCGCAGAUUGACUAUCACACCAAUGCCAAAGGUAAGGGCAAGGGCAAGGGCCAAACCAAAGCUAAGGCCAAAGCUAAGCCCAAAGCCACAGAAAAGAAAGGUAAAGGCAAAGACAUCAAGCACAAGAAGCCUCGCAAGCGCCAAGCGAGCAUUUCGGAUUGCUCAUCUGUGGAAUCAUCUCCAUCGUCGGCCAAAAAGCCAAAGUCCAGCAAGGCCAAGGUGCACGUCAAGGUGCCCUUUCAGCAGAACGGCUCGACGCCGCGAUCUUCGCUCAAUACAUCACGCGUGCACACACCGCCGCCAAGCCUGAAGAAAUCACCCAAAAGACUCAAGCCAUUGAAAGCUAGCAAAGCGAUGAUCAAAAAGUAUGGAUCGCGCUUCUUUAAUUGCUAUGUAAAGAUGAAACGUUUGAAGGAUCCGGACGUGAGCAGCACAUCCAAGCGGGCUAAGCGCAAAUCAAAAUCGAACCUAUCUGUCUCAUUUAGUGAGGCCGUCGAAAUACUGGGCAGCAAGCCGCGCAAGUCUUCGUCCAUUGCCGGUGCGCUCAAGCAGACCACAAAUCUGAAUAGUUCGGUGCCAACGCGCUUGCAGCGAGUCGAUGCCACUGGGAAUGUGCUCGAGGACAUCGAACUGAAGCCGGAUACGGUAUUGAAAUCGUCGAAUAGCUCCGGGGGCCAAAGGAAGCGCGGCCGUCAGCCCGCUUGCAAUGGCGGGAAGCGUAACGGUAACAAACUGAAGCGUCAAGCUGUGCGUGUGCCAGUCACUGAUUUGGCUAGCCUGCGCAUCGAUGACAGCCAAGAUGAGGAGGAGCCGGUAGACAACGAUGCUGGCGAGGAAUAUAUUGUGCCCAACGAUAUGCCCACUUGUAAAACAUCGGGCGUGCAUCGCUCUUACACCCCGACGCCGCAGAAGAGAGUGGCCGUGGUGACAACCACAGUUAGUGAUGUGGAGGAUGCGGAUGAGUCGCAGCCACAGUGUAAAAUGAAGAAGACGGCUGCAUCGGAAAAUAAGAAUAAGAAAGAAGAGAAAGCUGAGUCAGAGGACGAGAAAAAGGAAGCGGAUGAAACUAAAGAUUCGGAUGAAACAGAUACGGAACUAGAAAAGGAACAGCCAAGCCCAGAGAAGCCACAGAAGGCGAAGCAGCCCGAGCAGAGCGAUUCAUCAAAUAGCUCGCCUCUGCUGACAGUGCUAACGGAUGAUGUUACCACAGAUGACAUAUUGGAGAUUCAAGCAUCUAUGGAGGAUGUGCGUGAGCUGCACACACCGCCAUCUAGACAGGAUACGCCGCUGCUGUCGCUGCCAUCGUCAGCUACUAACAAUCGUGACCAGCGCUCCGAGUCGCCGGAGUCAGAGAGCAGCUUCAAAUCGGCCGAUGAUCUAGAGAGCAGCGUUGCCAUCGAACAGACAUCAUCAGUGCAGUCAGCAUCGCCAGGGCGCCAGGCCAAUACAUCCGACUCGUUUGUCGACGAUCAGUCGACAUCACGGGCUGGUACACCCAGCACGCGCGGUGAGAAUCAGCAGUCGAUGUACGCGCCGAUUAUCGAUAUGCCGAAUCUAGAUGAUGACCUCGGUCCUAUUAUAGAGCCCAAUUUUCAAAUGGCCAACAGCCUCAAUUCAAAUUCUAGACUUACAAUGGAGGAUAUUUUGACAGUGUUCGAGACUUAGACAAACCCAACGAGAUGAACGCGUCGCGUAGUAGGUUAAUGACAGCACACUAUUUUCUGUCUCGCUCUAAAUGCUUAUCU